UCCAUAUCAUCAUGGCUUAUAUCCAUCACCCCAUCUGCAGCAUGCAUAUAGCAGGUUGGAUGAACAGUUGUAUCUGGAAAGAUGUGGGAUUCUGAGGCCACCCCUCUUUCCUGCACUACCUCCUUCAUACAUGUACAUGAGGUACCCACAAGAUAUGCUACCUUCACCAAUUGGGCUCCUCUCACCUGUUAUGCAUGAAAGAUUAAAACUGGAGGAAGAACACAGAGCUCGGGAAACUCAGAGGCUGAGGGAUGAAGAAAAAGAACGUGAACAAGAGAGAGAGCGUGAGAGAGAACGUGAAAGAGAACGGGAGAAAGAAAGACGGGAAAAAUCACGGCGGAGUCCACGAGCUUCUCCCAGUCACCAUCAGGACCUGCCAGCUAGGAAGGCGCCCAUAGGAGUAGCACGAGAUCGAGUGUGCAAUGACCCUCCACGAGGUCCUCCUCCUCUAAUUGCACCAGGUUCUAUUCCUACCCCAACUGCCGUUACCCUUCCUCCACCUUUACAUCCUAUUCCUCCAAAUCAACUACAAGCAGGUUCUGUUGAAACAGACCUCCUACCUCCACAUGCAGCAGGUAAAAAUCUGUCAUCCUCGUCACAUCUCAGACUGCAUCCACACACUCCUCCAUCUCAUCCUCUGGUUCCUCACCAUCCACAUACUCCACCAUCCCAUCACCACCCACUUACACCCCCAGGAACUCAUCACCACCAUCAUCCACACACACCACCUAGUUCUCAUGCAUUGGCACCACCUCCACACCAUCCUCAUACUCCUCCAUCCCAUCCUCUUGUACAUCAUCCUCAUACUCCUCCAGCCUCUCACACUCUUACCUCCCAUACUCCACCAUCACAAAAUCCACCAGUCCACCACCCUCCUGUUCAUUCUUCCACUACCCCUCCAGCUUCCUUGUACCAUCAUACAUCUAGUCAGCAACAUACCUCUCUGGCAACAUCUGUACAACGUACAAAUAGUGGUAAUUUGACUCCUGGACGUUCCUCUGCAUGCACCAAGGACCAAUCUGGGGUUGUUACUACACAUACAACCACCCCUGCCUCUGGAUUUGUACGCCCAUUUGAGGACAGUUUCCCUCAACAGCAUGGCAGCAACAGGCGUUCACCAAUUAUCCCUCCUCCACCUAAUUCUCAUUCAAAUCCCUCUCCAAGUGAUGGUAAUCCUAUUAACAAAAUCCAACACUCUCAGCAAUCUUCAUAUCACCCAAGUGGACUGCAGGCUGGAACAAGUCCUUGUAACACCCAGCAGACUACUGCUGUUGGUGGUCAGGAUGCUUGCGUUACUCCUGGUGGGCGCAAUGCCGUGUCACAUCAACACAGAGGACCUUCAGGAAAUACACAGUCAGUGAAAGAAAAUUGUGGGAGUGUUAUGUGCUUUAAUAAACCUGUCAUGACAGUGAAUCAGAGUGAUAACACAACAGGAUCAUCAGCAGUAGCCCGUAAGCUGUCAUCAACAUCCCCAUCACGUGGCUGUAGUCAACUAGAUGGCAGCUGUCAUUCUCAAACCAUGGCAUCAUCCCCAACUACUACAAGUACAGUAGAUCAUGUUGGGACUUCACAGCAGCCACUGCUUCAAACAUUUCAGCAACCUGUAAUCAGUCAAAUGUUGGGUCAACCUUCCACCUCCUCCAGUCAAAUGUCACCAAACAGCAUUUCUCACCAGUCAUCUCCAUAUCUUCAGCAACCUACUCAACCUAAUCUAAGCCAGCAUCAGUCAUCCCAACUUCUAAGUCAACAGCAGUCAUCUGUUCAGCAUCCUUUUGUACAUACCUUAGGCUCAAGCCAUCAGAACCAUCAGCAGACACAAUCGGCAACAUCGCUUAACCCUUCAAAUCAGUCACAACAACAAAUUCCAGUGUCACAUCAGCACAUGGUCAAUUCUUCUUUGCCUUCCUCUUCGGCUAGUUCCAUCCAGCCACCUCAUCAAUCUGUGCAAUUGGCACAGACAACUGCACAACUCCAUCCCUCAUGUGUAUCUUCUCAGCAAGGAAGUACAUCUCAGACAUCUGUACACGUAUUGAAUUCACCAUCCAGUCAGCAUCAAAACUCAUUGAACUUGAACAGUUCGUUGCAUCCAGUGCCACUUCUUUUAUCCAAUCAGCAUCAUGGAACCAUGCUUCCAGCUACAACCCUUGUACAAGGUACUUCAAAUUCAACUGUCCAGCAUCAGGCAACGCAGAACUCGAGCAGUCACCACCAAGGGCCUUUGACACCAGCUAGCCAGCUUCAAACAAUCAUGAAUCCUGCACCUGUGUGCAGUUCACUACCGUCUUGUAGUAGUGCAGUGACAUUGGUUGCGUCAAAUCACUCCUCAACAGUAUUGGCCUCAACAAGUAGAAAUGGACCGGCAGUAUCUGGUUUAGGUACUGUACCGGCAGCUGUUCUCAAUGUACCAGAUGCAGCUAAAGUUUUAGCGGCUGUUUCUACAAACAAGGAAGGAGCAACAAAUAUGUCUGUGUGGGACUACCACUACCUUAGUCGCAGUAUAACCAAUCACCGUAGUGAAGCUGACGCCAACACAACACUGAUCAGCAAAUUAGACCUGGCAGAACAGAGACGCAAAUCUCGCAUCAGCAGCAGUAACAACAACAAUCUAGGCUCAGAUUCAGAUGGAGAAGAUGGAGGUGCAGGAUCAGAUACCUUGCUUACUAUAUGGAUAACUAAGGGCCCACCUGCACAGCUUGAUGCCCCACCUGGGAAACUCAGGUUCUUGCGAUUGUUUGGACUAACUACAAUUUCUGUAAGGAAUGAAUAUGAGCUGCGCAAAUUGGAACGUUGUCGUGCCCGGAGUCCUUCACUUCCACUGCAGUAUGACAGCCCUCCUUCAGCUGACACCAUGAGUCCACCAUUGCCAUUAGAUUUGCCUCUUCCAUGUGGAAAUCCUGAUGUACUCUGCAGAACACCAGACUUUAAAGGAAAGCAGCGUUUUCUUCGUAACCUUUGUUUGGAGUCUGUCUCUAAGAAGGAGCGAGAAGAAGGAGAAGCUGUAUGGCAGAAUGUGCUAGCAGAGAGGUUGCGUCGAAACUCCCUCAAUCCGAUGGUAGUUUAUUGCAGUCAGACUUUAAAACCAGGUGUUAGGGUUAACAGUACUGAAGAGAAUGCCACAGACAGUACUAACAACAUUCCUUCCAGUUUGGCUUCUUCUGGUGAAAAGAAAUUAAUCUGCACUGUGGUAACAGAUUCGCAUGGUGGAAAGGCUCGUUUGCUAGCGGGUGGAUUGAAACGGUCUCUAAGUCCAUCCACUUCAUCAGAGAAGUCAUUGCUUGUCCUGCCUUCAAAUGGACAAAAUGGAACAAGACCGGGUCUUGUUCAUCAGCUGGCCACAUUGCAGAACGGAGUGAAGAGGUUUGCAGUUGACAUGGAUGGAACUGAGGCAUCUGUAGAGCUGUCUGAACAACAAGAUGGUGGUGAUGAUGAUGAUGAUGAUGAUGACAGACCUGUGAGGUGGCCAGGCUUGGAAAGAGUCAUGGAGGCCUACCAAAAAUAUGCUCGGGAACAGUCUUUGGAGCAUGCUGUUCUUAAACAGCAGUGUUCCCGGUUGUGUCACAUUCUUGCCGAGAAACGCCAUGAAGCAGAUGUAUUGGACCAUAGACUGAGGGAACUGGUGGCAACAAAAAGCCUACAGGAUUAUGAACGCCAUCGAACGCAAGCAGCAUUAGACAGCUUAAACUCAUGCUUGCAUCGUCUGAGGUAGCAUCAGGAUCACCGAGGCUGAAAGGUGGUGCAAGCAAAGUGUGAUGAUAAGCACUGUCAAAUCCAUUUGGUGCUAGAUGCCUGUGACUGCCACUUAUAACAACCAGCAUUUGAAAGCUCUAAACAUUGCUUUCUUGGUUGCCAAACAUUGCCAAAGAGCAUUCACUUGUUAGACAGACUUUGCCUAUACUGGCCAAAUUAAACAAUCUGUGUGUAAAGCCAUGAAAUUGUUUGGGUGCAAAAUUUGUUCCUUGAAUAUUGACCAUUGGAUCCAGAGGAAGUAUGCCUAGAAGUACUAAAUGUUUUCACAGUUGAAGUUUCCUAUCUUGCUGUGACAGUAUUAUUGAGUUACUAAUAUGUGCAAACAGGACUCUUGAAAUAUGCUCACCCACUUUCCACAGUAAGUUAACUGAGACCAGUGGGGAAUGUUUUUUUUACCAUCAUUCAAAUGGUAUUAAAAAUGUGUUUUAUAACAUUUCAGUGACUAUGGCCAUUUAAAUGGUGGCUUGCCCUAUGGAUGGAGGAGAUUUGAACCCCAUCCAUAUACCUGGUCUGUAUGACAUGUAGAUGCUAGUGUCAUGUGACACGCUAAGGUAUGUACAAGGUAUGGAGGUUGGCACUCAUGGGUUAAUCACGUGAGGUGCACAGAGUGAUUAGUUUUAUUUGUUCACUUUUGGUAAUUUUUAAUGUAUGUUUUAUCAGGUGAUUAAUCUCAUCAAUAAAGAGUGAAAAUCCAACAUUUUCAAGACUGUUUCUGUCUCCAUCAUGUGGAAUUGAUGUGUUGUGACACAAACUGUAGUCACUGCAUCUGGUUUUCUAUUCUCUUGGCAUGGUUGAUCACCACAGAAGACAUCCUUGGUUUUAAUCACCUAGAAAACAUCAGAUGUUUAUUAAACAUUGAGUGUUUGAACGUGUCUUUUAAGAAUAUUUUACUGAAGCAUACUGAAAGAUACAGGCAAGUGAAGGUUUUUAAGUGGCAAGUAUAUUUCUGGAGCCCUGUGUGCAGACAUGUGGAAUAGUGUGACUAUCAUUCUUGUAAUAUGCAUAAAAUUGGUGGUGAUGGUCGAAAGAUAAAUUAUAUACAAAUAUUGUCUUAACUGAUCCAUUGCUCAUCAAACAGUAAUACUCUUAAUGGACUUCAUUAUGACUAUCCAGCAAAAUGGCUCAUGGUUUCUUAGCCAUCCAUCUUGCUGAGUAGUGCAUUGUAGAAAUCCAGUUUAUAAAUUGACUAUUAUCCAUAGAUAUUAUGUUUAGAAACUGUCCUAUCGUGUUUUCAUGCUCUUCUUAAUAGGGUGACAGUCUUUCCUUUUUAGUUGCAUUUACAACUAAAAGCUGCAAAAUUUACCUGCUUGCUUCACCAUGUCUGUCUGUCCAUCCAGUUGCACGUAACAGCUUGAGAAUGACUAAGGGUUUACAUGAAAUGUGAUAUUAGGGAAUUUUACUAAAAUCUGUUAACAUUCCAAUAUACAUUAAAAUUGAACAGUAAUGGGCACUUUAAAUGAAGACCUACCUGUGUUCCUGCAUGCAAAAUUGACAGUUGGUAAUCCCUAUAUGAGGAAAAUCCUAUGUGAUAACUUCAUCACCCGGCCAGAUAUGCCCCAAUACCCAACCCAUAGAUCAUUUACCCUGGACAAAUAUGUCUCACUGGUGCCAUUCACAAAGGUCAGAUUUUUGUGAACACCUCAGAAUUGUUAUACUGUGCUUAUAUUUCCUUUUUUGUUUGUUCUGUUUCCUUCCAGGUAGUGCCUAGUUAACCUUAUUAUUAAAAUGUCUUAGAAUUUGUUUCUCUUAAAGUUGAAGGUGCAUGACAGCCAUCUCCAUACUCACUGCCAUGAGAACCAGAAAUCUCACAAGGUCAGCAGUCUUUUAUGUUAAAUUUCUUCUACAUUAAAUCAUUAAUUCCUGUACAAAAUAAAGGAUUUUAAUUUUUUUUUAUAAAAUAAUUUGUUUUUUAUUUCUGAACCAAUUAACUUUGCAUUUUAAUUAGAUGAAUUUUUCAAGAGACACAAUUUUGGUAUACUUCACAGCUUACACAUUAUAUACAUAAACAUCUUUAAUGUGCAUUACAUUCCAUAUCUCUCAUCGUGUUUGUAUCCCAAAAUUAGUCUGGGUACAUGUUCUGGAAAUGAGCUCUGUUAGAGAUUUUAUUCAUGUAUGUCAUUAAUGUACAUUACAUUCCAGUCUCAAUAUGUGCCUUUUUCUCUUUUCAUCAAGUAAAGAGGAAGUGUGCCCAAAAUUAGUCUGGUGACAUUUUCUGAGUGAGAUCUCUCUUACUGAAAAGAUUUUGCUUGGUAGUAGAAGGAAGUUGAAUGUUGGAUUUUCUUUGUAGAAGUACAGUAAUUUCAUAUGAAUAUUAUUUUAUAGCGUAAACCUGCCCUGGUUUUUAAAGGGAUGGUGAAAAACAUUCAUGAAGUAAUUACAGGUGUUCAUCGUAUGCACUCUUGUUUUAAUAGUCUAAUUGUAACAAUUUUACUCUCAGGUUUUUGAUUUAACAACAACCUGUCAUGUCUGGAUUUAGGACCAUAUAAAGAAGUCCAUAUAUCUUGCCCUUUCACAUCACGUUGAAAUUAUGUCUUUCUGUCAAGUUAUAGUAAGAAAUGUUUUGGUCAAAAUUAAAUCUUUUCUUGCUUCCAAAUAUGCUGAGAUAAAACUAGCUGCACACCCUGAAGGUUUUGGGGAAAAUUGGCACUUUGACUUUGUCAGUGGAUGCCAAGAAGUAAUCUGAAUCUGCUGCUGGAAUUCUCUCUUAUUUUUCCACUAGGAGAGGUGCAGGAAAUUUGUUAGUCUUGACCAAAAGCUGGUUACUUUGUAAAUUGAGAAAGACAGCAUAGUCAGAGGCAGUUAUGUGUAUCAUGGCCGUGUUAGAAUUAAUAACAUUGUUUACAGUAUCGUGUGCCAUAUUAAGACAUAAAGGUGAAAUUCUGCAUGUUAUUGAGUAAAUGUCGUGCAUUGAUUCGUUACUAAAAUAAUUUAACUAUAGUAGGAAUUUGUGUAAGCAGAGCAGUUCUCCUCUGCCUGUCUUGGUCUUUAAUAAUUUUUUCUGAAUGGUAUCAAUUUUAUUGCUUUUUCUGGAUACAGUCUUAAUAUUUGCUUCUUAUGGCAUAUUCAUUUUUAAACUAUGAUGUAAUUUAUUACAGCAAAUAGGGUAGUGAAUAACACCAUCACCAUCAAUUUCAUACACAUUGGCAGUGAUUGUCAAAGUGAAGAAAAUUUGAUUCACUAACAGAGAUAGAAUUUUGUCUUUGGACUUCAGAAUUUUCUAAUAUUAUUUUCUUUAAUAUGUGUUUAAAGCAAUCUAGAGUAAUUCUUAAAAGGAUUUUACAUUCUUAUGUAACAGAUUUUACUUUCUCAGUUUCCAUCAUGUAUUAUGACAGCAUAUUGGUCAGUCCAUGCAACCACUAAUUUGGUUUUGGUUGGAAAGUAUAAAGCUAACCCAAGAAUUUUGUUGUAUUUUUACUUACUGUGUAUUGAAUGGAUCAGUCUGGUGUUUUGUAGUCUUUUUAUUGAUGUAUAUUUCAUCAUAUGGAAUAUCCUCAGGGAAGCAUUAAUUGUAAUAAUUUGAAUCACAUCUUACAUUUUGCUUUAUAGUAAGUUAGAAAAAGUUGAAAAUAUUUACUUUUAAUGAAUAUGUCAAGUUACGUUAGCUUCAUUUAGGUAAGGUACUUGCUUUUAAUAAGAUCAGCUGAAGAUUAAGUUGUUUUCAUAAGAAAAAACUGAAUAUCCUAGUGUCAAGUUGAACAGCCCUGAAAGCACUUACAGAGGUCAGAAGAGAGAGUACAGCAUUUAUUUUAUUUUGAAAAUUACAGUUUUUAAAAAACUAACAAUUAGUCAUAUUGCCGACUCUGUAUCACUAAUGUGGCCAAUUCCAGGUCUGCCAAGUUCAUGUAUUGUCUGAUGGCAAACAGAUUAAUGUUAUUCUAUGCUGCUCAGCAGCUUCAACUGUUUUUAGUCACGUGAGAUUUAGUGUUGUCCAGUAUUGACAGUGACACAGUCAUUAAAGUUAUGCAUCCAGUUUAUGAGAAUAUCAGUGGCCUCUGAAUCUUUUGGAGUCAUCUGUGCUACUGAACAAGAUAUCUGAGUGUUCUCUGAGCAUUUCAAAUUUGGACAGCUUUUCAUGAUCUUAAUAGAAUUUCGAAAAGCAUCUUUUUUACAAUUUAGCCUUUUUUGUCAUAAGUUACCUACAGUCACAGGAGGAUUAUAUUGUUACGUAAUUGAAGUUUUCAUUAUCUGGCUGAAAAUAACUUUUCAAUAAUGCCAAAACUGGCCAUAUAGGGACAUUUUUUAUUAUAUAUUGUUUCUUACUGCUGUAUAUAAUUUGCUUCCUUGCACAGUUGUCUCAUUAAAGCAAUCAAAUUAUGCACAGUGUUAAUAUAAUGCAUUUCUGAACAAUGAAGGUGUCUUGUAUGCACUAACUAGCUUUGGCAGUUAUGGAAAAUCUUGUCAUCCUUAUUAAACACUCGCUUAAGAACUGCAUGACAUACUAAAGGAAAGUCUGUGAUUGGAAGCUGAAAUUACAUGCAUGAGUGGCCAUUUGGCAAUAUUCCAUUCAAAUACCCAACAUUCCUGAAGCAUUACAUGUUAAUGUAACUUGCAAGAUAUUUAUGGUAACUGGUUGUAAUUUUAAUUCUUUAGUACCUCAACAUAAUGAAUUUCAGUAUAUUGAAGAGAGAUGGUUCUAGGCCACCUGCAGGAUGUGCCAUAUGUAGAAAUUUACAUAUAAAUAUAAGUCUGCCAGUAGCUAAACUGCUUAUAUGGAGCCCUCACUUUAGAAACUUCAUAAGUGUAUUAAAAACAGAACAGAAAUGAAAAGCAGUUAAGAAAUACUAUAUUUCAGUGUUUAUGGUCCUUAGAUUUUUUUAAUAAUUAUUUUCAAAAAAUGUUGUUUUAUUGAAACAUUUUCUUUCCAAGAAUAAUUUUAUGUACAGUGUGGCCCAGCAUAAAGUAUUCCUAAAGACAACAGCUCCUCCCUGCACAGGAUACAGGAUUUGCUGUUUCCUAGGGAGAGAUGUUUGCUUUUCUUUGUGUGUUGUACAAUGAAUGUAACAGGUGUUGUAUUUUGAACACUUUUUACAAUCUUACAGAAGAGGUCAUUGGGAGAGGGAGGAUGCCAAUUUAAUGCAAUUUGAGAAGCAUACAAAAUUAUGAAAACAAGCACCAGCAAAACACGUGUUUGUGAAAGAUUGUGGAAUAUUGUUAGCAUGUUGACAUAGUGAAUGGAAACACUAAACAAGUAACACUGUCCAUGUAGGAAUGGUGUUUGACAGCAUUUUGUAAUCUGCAAGUAAUUUCAAUGUUGUAUGUCCAAGUAAUUGGGAGUAAAUACAGGAUAGGCAGCGUUCAUCAUUUUUAAAGAUUCAUUGGUCAACCACAGUUUAUUCAGAGUAAUGUGAAUUGAGAAAGAAAUGUUUGCUGUUACUGAGUAACAUAAUAACAAAAUGACUUCUUACCAGAUUAUAACUUUUUCCAUUACAAGUAGUAACAUGACUGGUGAUAUGGCAUUAAUUUCUUCAGAAAUUCUCUGUUUUUGAUUUUUUAAAUCUGCCAGACACAUUUUAAAUGCUUUGUUUCUCAAGUAGCUCCUUAAAAAGAAACCACAAGCUGACAGAUCGCGCAAAUGGGCUAGCCAAGAAAUGUUGCCAUAGUGGGAAAUUAUUCUGUGUUCAUCAACUGCCAAGCAGUAUGUGCUGUCACUCUGUCUUGUUGGAACCAAACAAUAGCAAGGUCAUCAUCAUGGUAGCAUGUAUCUGGAAGCAAGAACUCCUUCACCAUAUGCGACUGAUUAGUGACUCAUACUCUUUCAGUGUUUUCUGUGCCUGCGUGGCCCUGACACUGCCUCCAGGUUUUUUGUUUGUUGUAGCCGCUGUGGUUUGAAACUUCUGUCCUCUGAUCUUGAUGGUGGUGUGAUUUAGAACCUUUAUAUGUAUCCUGUUGUAAAACUACUAUGUGAAUGUUUGUCACAUUAGAGUUAUAUUUUAAAAAUGUCUCUAUGGCAGAUACACAGUGCACAGCUGACCACAUACGUGUUUACUAAAAAUGGUGUCCUUAGCCGAAUGCUAUGUUGCAGUCACUUUCAUCACUUCCCUGGGACCACUGGAGUACUUCAUAAAUCAAAAUGAUGAAUGAAUGAAUGCUGCCUCUGCUGACAUACAGAAAUAGUUAUUUUUUACCUUGACAUAUUGCAUAUACUGCCUAUUAUGAAAUAGACAGGGGAACUAAUGUACCAUUAAUGGUGUGAAUGACAUAACUUGAUCGGUGACACUGUUGUAGGAGCAUUCUCAAGCCACACCAAACAGAAAUGUGUGCUGUGAAGUAAAGAAUAAUGGAAAAUUAACAGAUGUUUUAAGGUUAUUUUCAUAUAAAAUCUCAUCUUGCUAAGAAAUUUCAACUGAGCGGGUUGUCCAAAAUGAGAAAUGAUGGUGUAAAGGAUCACAAAAACAUAGAGAACAUUUGAGAAAUUUAUAAAAUUAUUUUUGUCCUAUGGUGAACUUGCUUGGUGAAGAUUUAUGUCUGUUAUUAGCCUAAUUUUCUCUCUAAGAAAAGUGGACUGUUCCCAUCAUAUCCAAAUGUAUUUGAAACCCCUCUUACAUUUUGAAUUAGUUGGCAUUUCCUUUAAACUUGGUAUUGUAUCAAAACCACUACUUCCUUAUUUUUCUGACAUGUAAAAUAGACAUUGAUUUAAAAUUUGAAGUAUACAUGUAAGUAAAGGUGUAAACAGAUCACAGUGCUUUGAAUAGAUAAGUAAGUAAUCAUGCUUUGUAAGCACUGUUGGCAAUAUACACAUUGUUGAUGUAUAUCGUGCUAUCAGUAUGAUUUUAAAUUGGCAUCGCAGUAUUGCACUUUGCAGCAAGAAUAAAGCAUUUGAUAUGUGAAGUAUGGCCUCAGGUUCUUGGUAGACUUCAUAAGACUUAGCUAAUGACAUUGCAUAUGCUACUUAUUGUUCUGGUGUGUUAGUGUAUUUAUUUUUACAAUAAUUAUGGACUUCAGGUAAUUUUUUUAGAAAAGUUUAUUUCCUAAUGCUAAAGUAUUUAUUUUGUACAGUCAGCGGUGAAUCCUAGUCUAGAAGUGGAAAUGCAAUAUUAUUAAAUCCGUACCACAUUGCUAAGGUAUAUUACUAUUACAGAUAUUCCACUGUUGUGUUAUGUACCUCAUUAAACGUUUCUUUUAUAUUCCUCCAAUUACGUGGACUGGUGGCACACUGCUAUCCAAAUUGGAGCGUUUGCCAGUCUUUAUAGUUUAUCUCAAAUUUUGUAUGUCAGUUCAUGUAAUGUGGUUAACUUUCCUGCAUUAUGUUACACAUAACAACUUGAUAAAAUUAACUUUUGAUAAAGAAUACUUUCACUGUUAUCUCAGGCUGAGGUUUAGACCACUUAAUUAUAGGUAUUUUAUUUUGUCGUGCUAUAGUCUUUCAUGAAGCUAUUGGAUGGAAAUGUACUGGCAUGAAUUUGCAAGCUUGGUGUACAUUUAGUGAAUGAAUUUCUGUAAGGGGAAGGGAGGAGGAGUGGUAUCAGUCAGUUACUAUGAGGCCUGAUGUCAUCUGUAAAUGAUAAUGUGCCUCCUCUGAUUUAUUCAGAUGAGGCAGUAUUUACCCUAUCUGAAAUGUUGUGUAGUGAAGGUGUGAGCUUUGCGGAUUCACACCUUCUACUGUAGGUACUAUCAUGUCGUGUGUUCAAAACAUACAGUGUAUAGCAUUGCUGCCCUUUGUUACAUUACACAUUGCUAUUUUAAAAUAAAACUGCUGACAUAUCACAUGCCACUUGCUCAAAAGACAUUGCGGGAAAAGUUCACUAUAGACUGGAUCAUUGCUGUGUAGCAUGUAGAUUUUGGUGUGGACUUAAAAUACCAUGAACAUCCUCAAAAAUUUAAUAUGCACUCUGACUUUCAAAGCAACACUUUUUGAAAGAAAGGUGUGUGUUAUUCAAGUACGUAGGUUGUAGUUUGAUUACAAAAGCUAAUGAACCAGUGUAGCUAUAAAUGCGAAAUUUUGUACGUACAUGGGUCAUUAAUUUACAUUCAGAUUUGUACAAGGCUACCUUUUUAUGUUAAAUGCUUUAAACAUAGCACUGGUGGAAAACUUCAGACUUUAUCUGGAAAAGGAAAUCUGUACUAGUGGACAUACCCAUUAAUAUCUUGCAGUCCUGGUUAGCAUGUCUGUAUAGAUUAAAACAUUUAAUUGAAAGUGUAUUCCCACUGUAUAUAUAUGUAAUUUGUUGUCUUGGCUUCAAAUACGUUUUGUAUAUGAACAAAGUUGUCGCUGAUUACUGUACAAGGGAUAGUGAUUGUGAUAAUACAUAAUCCUAACAGAGUAAUAAGUGAAAUGCUGUUUGAAGUCUUUAAAAUGAGGGCUCAUUAUAGGAAUUUUGUAACAACGGAGGACCUUUGCAGCAACUGGAGGUUGAAAAGUUGCUUUGUUAUUUUAGUGGGAUUGAAUUUGUUAUAUUGCAUUGACGCGUUGAAAUCUGCUAGAUCCUUCAGUGAUGUGUCGUAUGUAUCACUUUACUAAGGCAGCUACUGAUGCAGAAAAGCAUUGUGAAAUGAAACUGAUUAAAAUAGUCCAGUGCAACCUAGUCUAAAACCUGUUAAUGUAUUUAUACUCAUAUGAUGGAUGAACUUAUAAGUGGUUGAAAUUUUAAUUUCUGAUUUCAUCUGUUGGCCAAGUUAUCAAGAUUAUUAAGGGUCAUAAAACAUGCUUGGCUUAUCUAGUUACUCUUAAAUACUGUUCAUGACAUGUAACGUCCGAUAAUUGGUUGUUUAAGCUUUGAAACCACUCGCCUUGAAAAACUGUUUCUGUCGUCAUUAGUGAUGUGACUGACAGAGGAUCGAUCGCCCUUUCUUUUUUAAACCAAAGUCUCUGAUGGAUUAUGUUCCCAGGGAGUGGUUGAUAAUUGUCACCUCUUUUUUUAUGGUUAUAUUUAUUGUGUAUUUACUAUAUAUAAAGGGGUUAAGAAAAUAUAAAGAGUUUAGCUCAAAUUUUGUACUUUCGGGGCAAAGUAGUUUGGAACAAAUGCCUCUUUUUUAAUGAAAAUGUACAUUCCACAAUUUGUGGCAUUCCAUUUACUGAAAGAUGUAUAUAGUAUAUUACAUAAUAAUGAUGGAAUGUUUUGAAAUGUCAUGUAUGAAUGGACCAGAAUUAAGUUUAUAAUUUGUUAAUGGAACUCUGUGCUUGUUAAUUGCUUUUUUUUUCUGUCCGAAUGCCAUGAGAAGCUUUAUGUAUAUUAACAUUACAGUUGAUGAAUAAUGGACUUUUUAUCAGUGCCUCCACCAGAAAGUUUCAAUGUCUUUAUUAUUAAAACUAGAUGUAAAUAUGUAUUGUUUUAUUUUAUAUUCUGUAUUAAAGACAUUUCUAGAUGGCGGCAUAUUUUAAGUGGCUGUUAAGAAGAAUUGUUCCAUAAUAUGAUUUUAAUGGGAAUGUAUAGCCCAGUCUCUUCAUUUUACUCUGUAUAUAAAUGAUAUAUGUAUAAACUUUGUAACAUGAAAUCAAAUAAUUAAUAAUUAUCUUUGUAAUAAUAUUUAUACUUUUACUUAGUGAAUGACCAUGAAAUGUGUUCCAUAUGGGAAGAUGGUUCCCAUAUUUGCUGAAUAAAAGAACUCUAUAGGUAUAUUUUUAA